CUUGGCGACAUUCCAGCAGCAGCAGCAGCAAACGGGUACGUCGUACGUAGAGAGAGACCGAUCCGAGUCAUAUAUAUAUAUAAAAAGAGCUGAGGAUCGGAGAUCGAUGACGACCUUCCCCGAUCGAUCCACCAUGAUGAGCCGGAUACACCCUUCCGAGACCAGGCCUCCUCUUCACCACCGCGCCGGAGAUGAUGCCCUGCACUACACGGUGUGGAAGAGGUCCAGCAUGGGCUUCCAAGGCACCGACGGCUUCUCCGUCUACGACGCCGCCGGCGCCCUCGCGUUCCGCGUCGACAACUACUCCCGCCGCCGCAAGCUCUUCACCGGCGAGCUGCUCCUCAUGGAUGGGCUGGGCUCGCCUCUCCUCGCCCUCAGACCACAGAUUUUCAGCAUGCACGACCAAUGGAAUUGCUACAAAGCAUCAGAAGAAGGCCAAGGCAAGAGGACAAGAUCACAGCAGCUCUUCUCAAUGAGAAAAUGCUCCGUUUUGCAAAAAGGUCACGAAGCAGAAGUGCUCAUGUCAGGAUGCACAACAAGCGCAUCAGAUCGCCACACGGAGCAUGCUCCCAGCUUCUGGGUUGAGGGUUGCUUCAGGAGAAGAAGCUGCAAGAUCCACAAUAGCAACGGCGAGGAGGUGGCCAGGAUAAUGAGGAAGAAGGCUGAAGCAGCGUCAAAUUCGUUGACGCUCGGUGACGAUGUGUUCAGCCUUGUGGUCCAGCCGAACGUGGAUUGCGCGAUGAUCAUGGCUUUCGUCCUUGUUCUUGACCGGAUCUGUUGGAGACCAUACACUCCCAUGAUUUGUUCCUCAUAGCUCUUGGUGAUGAAGCCCUUUCUGCCAACUAUGUUAUGCAUCGAGUGCUUGCUGAUUCAGUGAUGCAUCAUCACUAAAGUAAAGAAAGGGCAGUGCUCACCAACAAAGACUCUAGUUCGCUAAAUGCAACCGUAAAUUGGCUGCAACCGACUAAGACCUAAUUUGACAAAUUCCUCCAGAUAUAACUUGUAGGUAAACAUGAUUCUAUAUACUUUUUGAAAAAAGAAACUUUGGACACUAUGUAACAUCACUAUUUGAGGCUCUCUUUACCAUUACCCGCUGGAGAAAAGAAUCACAAUUUGUUUAUGCAGAACAAUGA